AUGAGUGAUGGAUUUUGCGGUACUCAUUUGCAGAUCAUGGUUAGGACUAGAGGAUUAGGUCGUGCCUUAGGUCACGUUACUGGCAGAGGUGUGGGCCGAGGAGAUCGUGAUGAUUCCGAUGAUGCUCCGCAGCGUCGACGGCCUACCGCAUCCGCACGGAGGCAGCGAGUUGUUGUAACUGUGGCACACGAUGAGCCAGUGGUCCCUACGCCAGAUGUUCAGGCUGACGUAUUUCUGGAUGACCCGAUGGCACCAGCUGAUGUAGAGGACAUUGUGGCAGACAUUCCUGCGGACACAAGCGCAGAGGCUGCUGAGGAUGAGCAUGAGGGAUUUCCGGGUGGUCCGAACGACCCAUACGUGUUGACCCAGUAUACGGAUCACGUUGCUUGCAACCGUGCUGAGUUGAAGUUAUCCUCUCAUAGGAGGAAGGUUCAUAGUUUAGGCAGGCCUGUCCCUGCCAUUGAGGGACUUGUUGCUGGUACAGGACUAAGUCCUCUGAUCGCGUGUUCAGUAGACACCGGCGAUCGAGGACUUUUGUCCUCGUUUGUGGAGCGGUGGCACUGGGAGACGUCUAAUUUCCAUCUCCCGGUGGAAGAGCUCACCAUCACGCUGGACGACGUCUCCUCGCUUCUCCAUCUGCCCAUGGUUGGCGACUUACACGACUUUCAGCCCUUGCACGUGGACGAUGCUAUUCAGAUGCUGAUGGACUUAUUGAUGGUCUCUGCAGAGUCUGCCAGGGCUGAGACAACCCAGUGUCGUGGACCGUACGUACGCCUGCAAUGGAGUGCAACCAAUGUGCAUGAUAUCUACUUGGAGGCCCUUUGUGACCUCAGUAUGACGGAGAGGUACGCCUGGGGAGUGGCUGCUCUGGUGCAUAUGUACGACCAGUUGAACGAUGCAUCUAUCAGCCACAGUCGACAGCUUGGUGGUUACAUCACACUGCUGCAGUGCUGGAUUUACGAGCACUUUCCGUCAGUCGCAGACUCCACUGCUGAUCAGGACUACGACAAGGAUUCUCUGCGUGCGUAUAGGUGGAUUGCGAUGAAGAAGACCGUGAAGAGCAUUCGUACACCGGCGUACAGGGAGCGCCUGGACCGACUUCGGAUUCCAGAUGUCUGUUGGAUCCCGUAUGGGGAGCACUGA